AUGUCUACAGCAGCUCCUGACAUCAUCACCCUCGACAACUUGUCGCAAACCCUUACGCCAUGGAACCCUGAAGGCGAGAGUCAGCUAUAUGCCAUCGUCGACAUGGGCAGCAAUGGUAUCCGAUUCUCCAUUACGUCUCUUGCCCCUCCCUUCACUCGGCUACUUCGUCCCAUCUACUCAACUCGAGCCCCAAUUUCUCUCUUUGAUGCCCUCACCACUACCUCAAAGGGCCUUGUAUUCCCUUCCGAGACCAUCAAUGCAGUUGCCACUACCCUUGCGCGCUUCCAAGAGGUUGCGGUGCAGCAUGGAGUCCCAGGCAGGCACAUCACCAUUCUCGCCACCGAGGCCAUGCGGCGGGCAGACAACGCCGCCGACAUGCUUGAGGCCAUUGCCUCUAAGACGGGAGGUCUCAGAGUGAGCAUCUUGGAACCUGCAGUCGAGACCCUCUUCGGUGCUAUUAUGGGUUCGCGAAGUGGUCUCGCAAGUGUCGACGGUGGCGCCCUAUUCCUGGACCUGGGAGGCGGCAGCGUGCAGAUGACAUGGGUCGACACCAGCAAGGCUAAUUACGAGAUCGAGGCCGCCCGAGCGGGUGUGAGCCUGCCCUUUGGAGCUGCCAGAUUGAUCCGCGUCCUGCACGAGCAGCCGGCCGAUGUCCAAGCCGCCGAGAUCUCCAAGCUCCAGUCCGGUAUGCAAGAGGCAUAUGCGAAUCUCUGCUCCCGCUUCCCAGCUCUCGACGCCAUCCGGGCUGCCUGCAUGCAGGGCCGCGAUGCCCGCGUGAACGUCUUCAUGUGCGGCGGCGGCUUCCGAGGCUAUGGUAGCAUGCUCAUGCACAACGACGCCGUGAAGCUGUAUCCCAUCUCGUCAACCAACGGCUACACUGCUCCAGGAUCGCUCUUCUCUCAGGUUCAGAGGAUGCGUAGGAUCAACGACGAAUAUGAUGGCCGUAUCUUUGGCCUCUCGCGCCGCCGCCGCCAACAAUUUCCCGCCAUUGCCACCGUGAUCGAGGCGUUUCUGGCUGCUGUGCCUAAUGUUGGCAAUGUGACAUUCUGCGGAGGAUCCAAUCGGCAGGGCGCACUGAUGAUGAAGCUUCCCCUUGAGAUUCGUGAGAGUGACCCUCUCAACGUUCUUGCUGCCGUCACGGCCGAGGAGAAGCCAAUCUUUGAUGCCGUCCUGGAUGUCCUGAAGAACGCUUUCCCCAAGGAGGUGGACUUUUCUGCAGUGCCGACCGUCCUGACUACUGGCUUGGGUGCCUUGUUCGUACGCGAGAUAUGGGCUCGUCAGGGGUAUGAUGCAGACAACAACACUUCGUUUGUACUACACCAUGCCAUUACCCGAGACGCUGACGCCCCUGGUCUCUCACACGUCAGUCGUGCUCUUCUCGCACUGUCGACCUCAGCCCGAUGGGGAGGGAACUUGGGACCUCUGGAGGCACAGCUUCAGCAAAACCUUUCUGAUCUCCUCGAGAAUCAGCACAGAGAUGCCCCAUUCUGGGCCUCAUACACUGGUGCCGUGGCUGGUCUCAUUGCCAUGGCCCUACCCGUGCCUCCAAGGACUGCAGAGGAAGUCAAGAAUGCCAUCAACAUCACAUCACGCAUCAAGAAAGCCGAGGACAAGAAGGACAGAAUCAUGUUAACGAUCGGAGUCGCCUCCGCCAACACAGAGGGUGUCAGUUUAGAAGAUCUCGCCGACAGAGUCGAGGGAGCCGCCAAAAAGAACGGGGGGAAGAAGCCAAGGUUCAAGAUAACCGCCCAAGUAAGCUUGCAGUCAUAA